GCGGCCGCGGAAAAGCCCCUGAAGAGGGAGCGUGACGUCACAUCCCCUUGACCCUCCAAUCACCUCGGGGUCCCAUUUGAUUGGAAGGCGGCAAAGGCUUUAAUCUCCGGCUAAUUCAGCUGCUUUUGAAGUGACUUUCUUUGCCAGAUCCGCGGCUGGCUGGGCAGCGGCUCGCAGCGCGGCUGAGCGGGAAGGCAGAGAAAAGGCGGCGGCCGGAGAGAGCCGAGGGCGAGCCAGCCAAGGGAAGGAGACCGGCCGGGGAGAGGGGGGACGGCGGAGGAAAAAGCCCCGGAGGCCCCCCGCCCCUCCCCCGCCACACAAAAUCCCGAACAGCCGCGCAGACACGGAUUAUUUCUCUUGGGUUGCCAGCUUUUGAAGCCUUGGAGUCCCCCGUGCCCGAAUUAAAAAAAAGCAGGACUUAGAAAGAAUCGGAGGAAUCGCCCCGCGAUUGUUCUUCUUCGCCUUCUCCCGAUUUCCAAGCGCGUCUCUGUGUGUGAUCCUCCCCCCCCGCCCCCAGAGAUCGCGAUUGAAAGCAGACGCCCCGUUUCGGUUCCUGAGCAGCGCGCCCGGCGCUCCCCCACCCCGCGAGUUUUCAUGCGAGGCUUUGGGUCAUGAUUACAUCCCCCUUGCUUUCUGCCGUAAGAAGUAGUCAGCACGGAGGAGGCGCAGGAGGAGGCGCGAGAGAGCUCGGAAGCGGCGGCGCUGAUCUUCCUUGGCAAAGCGGACUUUCUGGGAACCUUACUGGCGGCGGCGGCGGCAAAGCUUGCUUCCACUCCAUCCCCCCUUCGGACCCUUUGCGCCAGGCCAACCGUCUGCCCAUCAAAGUCUUGAAAAUGCUCACGGCACGGACGGGGCACAUUUUGCACCCCGAAUACCUCCAGCCGCUGCCUUCCACUCCGGUCAGCCCUAUCGAGCUGGACGCCAAGAAGAGUCCGCUGGCUCUGCUGGCUCAGACGUGCUCCCAGAUCGGCAAGCCGGACCCCUCGCCCUCCUCCAAGCUCUCCUCCGUCACGUCCAGCGGCGGCGGGGGCGGCGACAAGGAGGCGUCCAAGGCGGGGCCCCUGAAGCUCAGCGACAUCGGCGCCGAGGACAAGUCCAGCUUCAAGCCCUACUCCAAGCCCGGCGCGGAUAAGAAAGACUCCUCGGCCGGCGGAGGCCCCGCGGCCGCCUCCGGGGGGAGCUCGGGCGGUGGCGGCGGCGGCGGCGAGAAAUCGGGCUUCCGGGUGCCGAGCGCCACCUGCCCGCCGUUCACGCCAAGGACAGGCAGCCCCAGCUCCAGCGCCUCGGCCUGCUCGCCCGGCCUGCUGCCCGGCGGGGAGAGCAAGGGCGGCGGCGGCGGGGGCGGCGGCGGCGGCGAGGCGGAGAAGAAGGAGGCGGCCGAGAGCUGCGGCAAGGGCAGUUCGGACGGCUCCGGGCGCCUGGGCGCGAGCGGCGGCGGCCUCCCGACCGAGUUGAGUCAGGCCCACGAGGGCGCCAAGGGGCUGCUGGCUGGCGUCGCUUCGGCCGCCGCCUGCUCAACCUCGGAGUCCUCCUGCAGCGCCGUCCCGUCGUCGGUCGCCGCCGCCGCCUCGGUGCUGGGCUCUGCCGGCCUGGUGGCGCCCGUGUCCCCCUACAAGCCGGGCCAGACGGUCUUCCCGCUGCCGCCGGCCGGCAUGAGCUACCCGGGCUCGCUGGCCGGCGCCUACGCCGGCUAUCCUCCGCAGUUCCUGCCGCCGGGCGUGGCGCUCGACCCCAGCAAGGCCGGCAGCCUGGGGGGCGGCGGCGGGGGCGCGGGCGGCGGCAAGGCGGCGGGCUCGAGUCCGCUGGCCGGCGCCUCGCCCCCGUCGGUGAUGACGGCCAGCCUGUGCCGCGACCCCUACUGCCUGAGCUACCACUGCGCCAGCCACCUGGCGGCCGGCGCCUCCUGCGCCCACGAGCAGGCCCUCAAGGCCGGCGGCUACCCGCUGGUCUACCCGGCGCCGCCGCUGCACGCCGGCCCGCCCUCGCUGGCCGGCCACCCGCUCUACCCGUACGGCUUCCUGCUGCCCAACGACCCCCAGCCGCACAGCUGCAACUGGGUCUCUGCCAAUGGGCCCUGCGACAAACGCUUCGCCACCUCGGAGGAGCUGCUCAGCCACCUGCGGACUCACACGGCCUUCCCCGGCCCGGCCGAGAAACUGCUCUCCGGCUACCCGAGCUCCAGCUCACUGGCCGCCGCUGCUGCCGCCGCCAUGGCCUGCCACAUGCACGUCCCCAGCUCGGCGGCGGCGGCCGGUGCCCCGGGCAGCCCCGGCGCGCUGGCCCUGCGCAGUCCGCACCAUGCCUUGGGACUCAGCAGCCGCUACCACCCCUAUUCCAAGAGCCCCCUGCCCACCCCCGGAGCCCCCGUGCCGGUCCCGGCCGCCACUGGACCGUAUUACUCCCCUUAUGCACUCUAUGGGCAGAGACUGACGACAGCCUCCGCGCUGGGAUACCAGUGAGUUUUUUUUCCCCGGGGCGGAGGGGGGCGUCUGGGGU